AUGGAUAAAUAUUCUGCGUUACAUCAAGAGACCCACUCUCUAACAACUUUAACAUCCCUGAUCUUCCAGCGACCCCCGGAUUGCAUCGACUAUGGCGAUAUCGGUAACGACAAACCAUCAUCCAGAAAACCUGAACAGGGGGGCGGCGAAGAGCUGGACAAACUCUCUGAUGAAGCAGAAUUUGAAGAUGAAGGGCCUACCAGCGACUCGGCCGCUGCUCUGAUACUCCUGAAGGAGCGCUCGUUAGAUCGCCUUGCUGAGAUCCUAGCCAGGUUCAAGACAGCAAAAACAGGCCGAUAUGGGAAGGGAAAGAGAAACCAGGGAAAUAUUGACGCAAAGCAUGUCACGAGUGUAGUUAUGGUAGAGGACAGUACUCUUCGCCGUGUAACGUUUCUGUGCUCCAAGAAUGGGGGCCUUCAAAAUGAGGACGAAGUGUUCCUCGAAAGGCUAGGCGAACUGCUAUCUUCCAUUUCGAACGGUAGUCAAAUGAACAGCAAUCAAUCGCAGGUGUUUGAUCUCAUAUUCGAGCACAAUACACCUCGAGUUGAAUAUUACUCCGCGGCACUUCGAGACGUAUUUGAGCAGGCCACUAAAUAUAGACUGCCUGGCACACUCGCAGCAGAUGCGAUUAAGCAUAUGGUACCUCAGAGACCAGAGGCAAGGGAGUGGGAAGGUCUGAUUGUUAACAUCGGUGGGAGACAACGCAAGCUGUCGCGGGAAAUCCUCGACUGCCUCUCGGACAAAGAGAUGGAUGAAGCGGUGGUGGAGGUGUGCGAUAGCAUCCAGAGGCUUUUUGGAAUGUCUCAACCUGGUACCACGCAGUAUGAAGAGCUACAGGAUUUCCUCAAGCGCUUUUAUGCCAUCAUUCGAAAUCAGAGACAGCGGCUAGCCCUAAAGAAUCUACUUAAGCAAGCCCUACAUGGCAGCGAAAAGCUUUUCAAGAAGGGUUGGGAUGCCCUUUGCUUCCUCGCUCGAACCUUCCAUGCUGCAGUGACAUUGGUCGAGCUGGCAUCCAGGCUCAAGCUGGAGCGCUUCAAUUCCUUCAGGUUCAUCUCCGUACCAGCUUCCAUGUUAAAAACUAAGGGUUACCCUCCUCUGGGCAAAGGGUUACCGCUGAACGACUUAAUUGAACUCAAAUGUCGGCCACAGAACAAUAAAUGGGUAGCAUAUUUGCAAGACGAAGGGACGAUCAAAAAUUAUACAAAGCUACUGCGUAUUCCCAGAUCAGUUCAUGCAGAGAUUCAGCUGAUGAGUUAUCUUGAGAGUCACGACUCUAAGGAUUACGGUCAGGUCUUCCCCUAUAUCGGGUGUAGCAAAAGAUGCUGCUUCUUCUGCGAGACGUUUCGUGUGCUUCACGGAAAGUUCUCAGCGCGUGGAACGCAUGAAACGGUCUUUCCCCGAAUGGGAUUACCGCAAGAUGUAUCGGCAGCUAAGGACUCAGAGUGGCUAGCUCCAUUGAUGGCCACAUUUACUGCAUUUCUGAGAGGAAUGCUGCAGAAACUGCUCGGUAUGCCAUACCCCCUUCCCCACAGAAACCUAUGUCAGCAAUCAUCGGCAGCGUUAUCCACAGCGCAGGCCAAACAGCAGGAUGAACCAGUAUAUUCUGAAAGACCUUCAAUCUUAAGAAACCUGAUGGUUCCGGGCGCAUUCUCUGCGGCUGACAGACAAGUUCAGUUCUCACCUGUAGCUGGCAAACCAGGAUAUGCCAGUUUCCUGGCUCCGAGUAUGCCUCAUGUCAGCUCCCAUCUGCCAAUUGACCAGGCUGAGAUAUACAAAAUCAAUCACGACAGGAAGCAAUGCUCCUUGGAACUGAUAGACCAGAUGCCGCCAUCUGCAAUCUUGAAUGAAAAGCUGUGCAGAUAUUGCCGUAAACCAGCUGGAGUCAGAUGCUCGGCAUGUUGGACACGGUACUGCUCCCACACCUGCCAACGGCGAGAUUGGGGGAGGCAUGUCUUCAUUUGCCGGAUACCGAAACGCCCCAACGACAUUGACUUCUUCAGACUGAUUGUCCGACAUGUGAAGAGGGCAAUGACGGGCGACAAUCAGCAAACCCUUCAGGAUUCACUUCUCGACCUGUUUGCUGAUGAUUACAUCUGCUGCAGGUUUGGUUUUAACAACUGCUCGAGUAUGUACGAGGCUCUCUAUCUCGUCUGUCUUUACGAUGCUGUGCUAGUAGCAUGCUGCUCCCCGGUCAGACUCCUCAAUGAGUUCCAGGAGGCCGGAAGGCUUGGUGAAGUUCUAGAGCUCUUCUGCCAUUUAUGCAUCCAACAGAAUCCUGGACAACCGCAAUGCGACUGCAUAACAUGGUAUCUAGAACGCCUGAGAAGAGAACCGUUCCCAAUCCCCAACACGGAGGGGGGUGGUUACAGGAUUUGGGAGACAGCAUUUGUCAAUGCAAUAGAUCUGCUCGACUUACACGACAGCUACAAAGAUGAAUGGAGAUUAAAUGCCGCGCAGGUUGAUGUCUUCCAAUUGUUCGUAGCCAUACAGCCCUCUAUCUGGCAAGUCCCGGACAUUAACUCCUCGACUUGGAUCAAGUUUGGAUUCUGCUACUGCAAGUCUUUCCGACAAUGCCAGGAGCUCUCUGUCAAAUAUCUGUUGUUGGGCGCUUCCAGCGCGAACUUUGACGACAUAGUCUCCGCGUAUGAAACGUCCACGAUGGCAGAACUGAUGGCAGAACAUGGAAUCGAUCUCUCGAACCUAGCUCAAAAUGGAAUCCGACUCGAAAGGCCUUCCGGGACGAUGUACUCUGUCUUCAGGCUCAUGAUUGGAGUAAGCCAUGCUCUCUCUGGGAGGUUUUGCCGCUGCUUUCGAAUGCAACAAGAUCGAGCGUGUCACCACUUCUAUGAAACACAUCUCGAUACCGAGUGUGAAGUAGGUUUUGGUUUCGAUCUAACCAACAGCUGGGAGAGGUGGCAGCUUCUGAAUUUCUACCGGUAUUUAUUCAAAUUGCCAGGAUUCGAUGCCCGAGCGAUGGCGGCAGCGAAGGAUAGCCACGAACGCGGAGCCCUUGAGCGGUAUAUUGGCACCUUGGUUCCAGAUAUGAGACGAAAAAUAUUUGAUAUGGAUCGAGCAGGAUCUGUUCUAUUCCCAGAUUUGGGAGGUAGGAUUAUGAAGAAUCCGAGGUUCGUUACUCAUCGCGCACAGGACGUUCCCACUGAUAUUGUUGCCCAGCUCCUGUGCACGCUAUGUGGUAUCCGCUUCGGCAUUGCACGUAUUCGGACCAUCGAUGAGCCCUAUUCAGCGGCGUGGUCCGCAGAAGAACCGGAGCAGUAUGUCUGUGCCCUCGACGAUUACGAUGACGACGGGAAUGACUGUGGCCGCUGUGUCACCGCGGAGACAGGCUGUAUUUGGGUUGUUCGCAACAGUCAGAAUAUAAAAUAUGGCAUUGAUCAGCAGAAUGAGCCACGAUAUAGAUUCCUGUUCUUUGAGAUGGAUGACGACCCCAUCCCCACGGUCGGACAGACACUACCGAUGGGCGAACGGUUGGAGGAAAAGGCAGACCGCAUUGGCUUAAGAAGGGCUUAUCUUGAGCAUGUCGCUGGCCCGGGAUGUCGUUCUACCCUGGGAUAUUCUGGGGCCACUAUCUCUGCAGAGGAGAUGCGAGGCUGCCAGACUGGGCAAGGUCUGGUGCACCGGGACGGGGACGAAGAGUCCGCGCCAGAUGACCUGGAAUGCGAAAUUGACAGCGAUUAUUUCCUCUCGGGACUUGUGGACUGCAUGGGGUUUGUUGGAACUGUGGGCGGGAAUAUGUUUCCCGCAAGACAUGGCUAUGAUUGGAUUGAACCGGCGGACCCGUUCAAUGAUGGGUUCGAACCCUUCAGGGCAGUGUCGUUCCAUCCAUGGUGUUUCGGGGUGUACAUGAAACUCUCCAGACUACGACUUGGCCAUGUCGAGAUCGAUGAUCUCGUGGACUACUUUGACAAUCUCAACUGCUACCCACGCCAGUACUAUGACGAGCCCGAUCCCGCCAUUCAGAAAGCCGACAAGGAAACCUGGGUCCACGUGAAGGGCGAUGAAUGGCUCGCUGCGAAUCCGUUCUACGUGCCCAGGCUUCGGGAGAUCCUAGAGCGAGCCAUGGAUACUGGACCCUCAUUCAGCCCCCAAGAUGGCGCAUUUGCGACCCUUCUAUCUUUUACCAACAAUAAAACCGACCCGUUUGCCCGAUUGCCACGAGAAAUACUGAAUAUUAUUAUAAACAGCCUCCCCACGAAAGACAUUGCGUCCCUGCGUCUCGUCUCACGACACUUCUACCAGCUCCACGUCUCACUCUGGUACCGCCUGAUCCAAGAGGACAUGCCUUGGUUAUGGGAGGUGUGGUCCAACGAGAAGCCCUACUUCUGGGCGACAGUCACUGUAGAGGAUAUAAAGCAGAAUAAAGGGGACACAAGAGUUGAGAUUGGAGAGGAGAAAGUAUUGACACAUAAAAUCGAUGUUGAUGAGCAUCUGACCAAAUGGACAAUGCCGAUGCCUACACCCGGCCGUACUAACUGGUUCCUCCUGUAUAGGGAUAUUAAGCGGUAUUGGACCGAAUUGAAGGGCCUUCGGAGCCGACGAAGGAUCUGGAAGUAUCAGGAGGGCUUGUUUGCGUCUUUGAAGAUGCAUAUUCUGAGCAAGGAUGAUACCCCAUGA